UCAAUGACGUGUUUCCGAAGCGUCGAUUUGCCGACGUGUGUGCAGACGGGGAGAAGGGAAAAACUGGCUAUGCAUUUUCAUGGAAUAAGGCUAGUAAAGCAUAUAAUUUCUCCAUUGAAUACAGACGGUCGACGUAAACAACCCUCAUCGAAUAUUCAAAACUGGAUUACAAUAAUGAGAUGCAUCCACCAAUCCAAAGAAAGGAUAUGCGGGAGUUAGGCAGCCCGGCGUGUCGCUUUGUGGACAACGACUCUCAUUAUUAGACCGGAGAGACAUGUAAACCUGUCAGUAUAGCCAUAAUAUUUGAUAAGUCCAUUAACAAAGAAGUAGACCAGACCCAGAUGCUAUUGCAUUGGUGUCUAUAGGAGACACAUCUAGUAGACCAGACCCAGAUGCUAUUGCAUUGGUGUCUAUAGGAGACACAUCUAGUAGACCAGACCCAGAUGCUAUUGCAUUGGUGUCUAUAGGAGACACAUCUAGUAGACCAGACCCAGAUGCUAUUGCAUUGGUGUCUAUAGGAGACACAUCUAGUAGACCGGAAAUGACCUUUUAAAAAAAAAUGCAAAACGGCGAAUGAACCAUCUUCAUUUAUCCACCGUCUUUGGUGUGUUCAGAAGGAUGCAGAGUAUGUAAACAAACAACAAUGACAGCCGUAGGCCUGGUUCUUUGCAGCCAGACGUUAGUUCUGCAUAGUUAUCAAGGUAUAUCAGACCCUUAUCCAUCCGUACAGAACACCUGUCGGCUCUGCGGACAAAAUCUGCUCAUCAAAGGGACAUUACAGGCGACACGAAGAAUAUUUGACAAGCCCAAAGCCUCAAAGGACAAAAAGUUAUGUGACAGAUUCCUUGCCACCGGUUUAGUGCUAACUGAGGCACCAGGGGUGAAGUCGGGCAGAAUUUGUGCUAAGUGCUAUCGACUAUUUCUCAGGAUAGAGGAAUCUGUAAGCAUUUUAAAGAAAUGGCAAUCAGAGCAUCAGACACCGGGGACGAGCAAGAAGAGGAAGCGUGAACGGGAGCCGAGUCCAUCUGAAAAAGACAGGGCUGCCAAGAAGACGUCUGAACGGGAGCCGAGUCCAUCUGAAACAGACAAGGGAGCCAAGAAGAAAUGUCCUCCCUAUAAAAAGGUUCCCCCGAGGAGCAGUCUUGUCGAGGUUGUCAUAACAUACCCAAACCAAUUGGAUCCGAAGCUGAAAAAGAGGGUCGAGAAGGUUUCAUCAGAAUUUUCUGGAAUGGUUGAAAACCUGGCGAAAGGCAAAUUGGCGACAUUUGUCAAGUUAGCCUUGACGAAUGAGACCAUGUGUCAAGAAAUCAGAAAGCAGAUGACGCAGAAAAUAGAAGCAGAGGUCAAGGCAUAUGCAAGACCCUUAAAUUACAUGACCUCUGCCGAACCGUGCAUCUUGAGUAGUACCUCGUUGGAGAACAUGAAGUAUUUUUCAUACGAAGCGUUGGAUAAUGAGUUGUCCAGGAAGACACCAUGGCUUUAUACCGCCAUCAAUACUGCAACAGGUGGUUCCACCAUCCAUAACUGUGUGGCUGCCUCUGUGGCCCUGAGAGGUAGAAACCCCAGGCUUUCUGCACUGGCUUAUGUCAUAAACUCAACACUGACCCAAGGAGGGGUUAAGCACAUUUUCAAAAGACUUUCUAAAAUGGGCAUAACAACCACACAUAGCAAUGUCCUAAAUAAACAGAAAGAGAUGAAGGCAGCUGGGUACAACAUCAACAUCAAAUGUUGGAGGGAGGACUGUGAGCUGUUUUUCCAACAUAGUGUCAGGGGUGAAGUCUGCCCACGACCUCCUCCUACGGCGAAACCGACAGAGGAAACCGGAAGAGAGGAGGACGGGGGGCCAGUGGAGGAUGAGUUUGAAAUAGAGCUGGACUGGGGUCCACUGGAGGAAGAGGGUGAAGAAGAUGAGGAAGAGUGGAGUCCACUGUCAGAAGAGACAGAAAGAGAGGAGGACAGAGGAUCAACAGUACAGGAAGAGAGAGAAGAAGAGAAAGACAGGGGUUCCCUGCUAGGAGAGACAGAAACAGAGGAAGUGGGACAUGCAUCAUCAGCACUACAAGGAAAUGACACACAGGAAGAGGACUCUGAUUCAACGGUGGAUUCAGAGACAGAAUACUUUGGAUUAAACCUCACCUGUGAGAGUGAUUAGAAAAGUAGCCUAACAAAGAGUCUGUAGAUUACAGAUCCUCACCUGUGAGAGUGAUUAGAAAAGUAGCCUAACAAAGAGUCUGUAGAUUACAGAUCCUCACCUGUGAGAGUGAUUAGAAAAGUAGCCUAACAAAGAGUCUGUAGAUUACAGAUCCUCACCUGUGAGAGUGAUUAGAAAAGUAGCCUAACAAAGAGUCUGUAGAUUACAGAUCCUCACCUGUGAGAGUGAUUAGAAAAGUAGCCUAACAAAGAGUCUGUAGAUUACAGAUCCUCACCUGUGAGAGUGAUUAGAAAAGUAGCCUAACAAAGAGUCUGUAGAUUACAGAUCUAGGCCUCGGCUACAUCUCUGAACAACAAGGGACUAAUCAUAGUCUCUGGCCAAAAUGGCACCCUAUUCCCCUAUAUAGUGCACUACUUUUGACCAGACCCUAUGGAGUAACUAGUGCACUACUUUUCACCUGGGCCAUUUGGGACAGAAUCAUACAGUGAAAUUACUCCUGUUGAGGGGGUUAGGAUGUGAGGUCUACUGUUCCUGGUGUGUAUUGAGGGGGUUAGGAUGUGAGGUCUACUGUUCCUGGUGUGUAUUGAGGGGUUAGGAUGUGAGGUCUACUGUUCCUGGUGUGUAUUCAGGGGGUCAGGAUGUGAGGUCUACUGUUCCUGGUGUGUAUUGAGGAGGUCAGGAUGUGAGGUCUACUGUUCCUGGUGUGUAUUGAGGGGGUCAGGAUGUGAGGUCUACUGUUCCUGGUGUGUAUUGAGGGGGUUAGGAUGUGAGGUCUACUGUUCCUGGUGUGUAUUCAGGGGGUCAGGAUGUGAGGUCUACUGUUCCUGGUGUGUAUUGAGGGGGUCCGGACGUCAGGUCUACUGUUCCUGGUGUGUAUUCAGGGGGUCUACUGUUCCUGGUGUGUAUUGAGGGGGUCAGGAUGUGUACCGUGUGUUUACAACCAUAUUAAAGAGACCAGUUCAAUUCAAACCUUAUUGUCCCAGCAGGGAGUAUUUCAUUGUGUAGCUAAGAGUACAUAGCUGCUCAACAAAAACUUCCAUUUUUGUUAUUUGGUACUCCCAAAAAUGGCACCCUAUUCCCUAAUAUAGUGCACUACUUACCCCAUAGGGCUCUGGUCAAAAGUAGUGCACUAGUUACUCCAUAGGGCUCUGGUCAAAUUAGUGCACUAGUUACUC